GGCGGCAGCGGGGCCAGGGCGCGGGGCGCGGGGCGCGGGCGGGGGACAGGAUGCGGCUGUCGGGGGACUUCCUGUGCCGGCCCUCGCCCCCGCCCCUGCCGGCCGCUGCCCGCACGGACACUCGGGCGGGGGCAGCUCUGGGGACCCCCGGCCCCGCCGACACACACCGGGAGCCCCAGUCCCCGCGCCCCCAGCCAUGGGUCUCUGCUGAGCCCCGCGCCCCAGUCGGAGAGCCACCAAUUCCGCCCGCGCUGCCUCCGCUCCGCGCCCCGCCCCCUCGGCGGCUGACAGCGGACCAGGAGGGCCGGCGGGGGCCGGGUGCCCCCAAAUCCGAGCCGGAUGGGGACGCCCCAGGAAGGAGCAGGCUGAUCGCCGCCUCGGGCCUUUACCUGCUGACCCCUGGGACCACACCUGGGGGUGGAGGGCUACCCGGAGCAGGACAUGUUUCGCCAGCGCAGCUGGCCCCCUCUGAGAUCUCCCCCAGACCGUUGGGAUGGAAGUCGGGCCGGCCACACAGACCUUUGUGCUGGAGCUCCGGUGUCUAGAAGAUGGGGCCCCCGUCCCUGGCACUCUCUCAGGUGGCAGCAGGAGCAGUGAGAGUCAGGAGGAAGAAGAGACUCAGAAGAUCAGCAGCAGCCCCCCGGGGCCAGCAGCCCCGGCCUCAAUGGGGAAUGGCGACCCCACUGAGGAUGCCCGGCCUGAGGAGCAGGAGCUGUCGCUGCAGCCAGGGAGCCAGGUGGUGGGACAUCAGCCAGAAGUGCAGCAGCAGGGCCACAAGGAGCAGGGACUGCAGCCUCCACAGCCGCAGGCUCUACAGGACAGAGAGCAGCCCCUGGGCCAUCAGCCGCUGGGGCCACCGCAGCAGCAGGAGGAGCGGAUUCAGACACAGUGGCCGGAAGGGGGACAGCAGCAGCAGCCAUUAGAGCAGGAGAAGCCGCCACCACAAGAACCUGCACAGCAGCAGCUGCAGCUGCAGCAACCACAGCAAGAAAAGGAGCAUCUGCAGCAGGAACAGCAACCGUUGCUGCUGCAACAGCUGGAGCAAGGACAGCUGACAGAGGGACAGCAGCUGCAACAGCAACAGGAACAGGCACAGCAGGAACACUUACAGCACCAGUUGCAGCACCAGCGGCUACAGCAGCAGCUGCAGCAACAGCAGCAAGAACAGUUGCAGCAGCAACUGCAGCAGGAACAGCUUCAGCAGCAGCUAAUGCUGCAGCAGCUACAGCAGCAGCAACUGUUGCUGCAGCAGCAAGAACAGUUACAGCAGCAGCAGCUGUUGCGGCAGCAGCAAGAACAGCUGCAGCAGCAACUGAGACAGCAGCAGGAGCAACUACAACAGCAGCUACUACAGCAGCAGCAGUUACAGCAGCAGCAGCUGCUGCAACAGCAGCAGCAAGAACAGUUACAGCAGCAGCUGUUGCAACAACAGCAGUUACAGCAGCAGCAGUUGCUACAGCAGCAAGAGCAGCUGCUGCAGCAGCAACAGCAGGAACAGCUGCAACAGCUACAGCAGCAGCAGCAGCAAGAACAGUUGCUGCAGCAUCAAGAACAGUUGCAACAACCACAGCAGCAGGAACAGCCGCAGCCGCAGCCCGGGCCCCUGGAGCCCGAGGAGGAGGAGGUGGAGCUGGAGCUUAUGCCCGUGGACCUGGGGGCCGAGCAAGAGCUGGAGCAGCAGCGGCUGGAGCUGGAGCGGCAGCAGGAGCUGGAGCGGCAGCAGGAGCAGCGGCAGCUGCAGCUCAAGCUGCAGGCAGAGCUGCAGCAGCUGGAGCAGCAGCUGGAGCAGCAGCAGCAGCAGCUGGAGCAGCAGGAGGUGCAGCUGGAGCUGACGCCCGUGCAGCCCGAGCUGCAGCUGGAGCUGUUGCCCGCGGGCCCGGCGGCAGCGGCGGGCGCAGGGGGUGAGGCUGUGGUGGUGGCGCCCCCCGGCUACGUGGUGCUGCAGGAGCUGGUGGUGCUACCCGCCGUGGCGGCGCCCUCCGUGAUGCCCAUUCCGGGCCCCGCAGGCAGCGCCGCCCUCACCCCAGCCCGCCAGCGGAGGAGGCGACGCGCCAGGGAGCGGCCGACCAUCUGCAGCGAGUGCGGCAAGGGCUUCAGCCGCAGUACCGACCUGGUGCGGCACCAGGCCACGCACACGGGGGAGCGCCCACACCGCUGCGGGGAGUGCGGCAAGGGCUUCUCGCAGCACUCCAACCUGGUCACGCACCAGCGCAUCCACACAGGCGAGAAGCCGUACGCCUGCAGUUACUGCAGCAAGCGCUUCAGCGAGAGCUCGGCCCUGGUGCAGCACCAGCGCACGCACACGGGCGAGCGGCCCUACGCCUGCACUGACUGCGGCAAGCGGUUCAGCGUCUCCUCCAACCUGCUGCGCCACCGCCGCACGCACUCGGGCGAGCGGCCCUACGUGUGCGAGGACUGCGGCGAGCGCUUCCGCCACAAGGUGCAGAUCCGCCGCCACGAGCGCCAGCUGCACGGCGCCGGCCGCUCCCGGGGGCUCGGCCUGCUGCGCACCACGCGGACGGCCGGUACGGGGGCUGCGCGCCCUGACCCCCUCCGCUGGCCGUGUGACCGGAAGUGCCCCCCCGCGGGCGCGGGCGAGGCGGGGCGGUGCCGGCACUUCCGGUGCCCACGCGCCGCCGCGCACUCGGGGCGUCACUUUGUGUCGGGGGGCCGGGGCGCGGGCGGCGUGGCCGCGGUGAGUGCGCGGGGCGGGGCGGCUGUCCCGCACGCCGGGGGCCGCGGGGUCGGGACGGGGGCCCGGGUGCCGCUCCCACACUGCUGCCGCCCGCGGACCCGCCAGGGGCGCCCCGGGGGGCGGGGACCCCGGGGACGUGCCCGCAGCCCCCCAUCUCCCCGCGGCGGCGGGCGGGGCCGGGCCCGAGUGGCCCCCGGGGACACACCCAUCCGGGAGCGGCUGUCAGUGCCGCGGGCCACGCUGAGGGCAGAGCCCAUGGCCGCCCUUCACACAGGCCCACAGGCUCCGGCCACCCCGCUGGAGGGGGCAGAGGGCGGCCCUGAGCAGGAGGACAGUGCAGUGCCAGAGGAGGAAGAAGCCGGGGGUCAGGUGGAGGUGGAGCUGGAGGACGAGGAGGAUGUGGAGGUGGUGGCCCUGCCGCAGAGCCCAGUGACAGGCACCCCCAGCCCUGGCGGCAAGACCUGGUGCACGGCCCCCCGGGAAGAGGCCCUGCAGGCCCGGGUUCCCACCCCAUGGAGGGAGGAUGCCCUGGAGGAGGAGGAGGAGGAGGAGCUGGAGGACGACGAUGAGGAGGAAGAGGAUGAGGAUGCGCUGAUGGCCGGGUCUCGGGGGCUGGUGACCUUCGAGGAUGUGGCUGUGUACUUCUCUCUGGAGGAAUGGGAGAGGCUGGACAUGAUGCAGCGGGACCUCUACCGGGACGUCAUGCAGGAGAAUUACGGCAUCCUGGUGUCCCUGGGAUACCCGAUCCCUAAGCCCGACCUCAUCGUCCGGCUGGAGCAGGGUGAGGAGCCAUGGGCCCAUGAUAGUCCCUGCCCAGAGGAGGGAGACAUCGUCACAGGCGUUUACACAGGAGACUGGUUCUGGACCGAUGACAUGGAGGACCACGAGGAGGAAGAUGAGGAGGACUUCCUGGCAGAGGUGGCUGAGGAGGAGAACGAGCCCCCCGGCCUGUGGUCAGCAGCCUACGGCGUGGGGGACGUGCCUGGGACGUGGGGCCCGGAUGACUCUGAUUCUGCACCUACCCCAGAAGGCUGGGAGCCCGACCCUGGCGGCCUGGAUGAGGGGACCGAGGGGGCCGAGGGCCAGCCCUUCCCGCCAGGCCAGGCACCCUGGGCCUUCCCAGUCGUGGCAGCCCCCGCGGGGAGGCCAGACACCACAUGCGACGUGUGCGGCAAGGUGUUCCCGCACCGCUCUCGCCUGGCCAAGCACCAGCGCUACCACGCGGCCGUCAAGCCCUUCGGCUGCGACGAAUGCGGCAAGGGCUUCGUGUACCGCUCACACCUGGCCAUCCACCAGCGCACGCACACCGGCGAGAAGCCCUUCCCCUGCCCUGACUGCGGCAAGCGCUUCGUCUACAAGUCGCACCUGGUCACACACCGGCGCAUCCAUACAGGCGAGCGGCCCUACCGCUGCGGCUUCUGCGGCGCGGGCUUCGGCCGCCGCUCGUACCUGGUCACGCACCAGCGCACGCACACUGGCGAGCGGCCCUACCCCUGCGCGCACUGUGGCCGCAGCUUCAGCCAGAGCUCGGCGUUGGCCCGCCACCAGGCGGUACACACGGCCGACCGCCCGCACUGCUGCCCUGCCUGCGGCCAAGCUUUCCGCCUGCGCGCCGACUUCCAGCGCCACCGGCGGGGCGGCGGCUGCGUGGAGCUCGGGGAGCGGACUGCGGCGCCUGCGGAGCCCCAGCUCGAGCGCCCAGAGCCCGGCCCAGAGGACGCGGGGGCCCCGGAAGUGCCCACCGGUCUGGGGGAGGUGCCUCCCCCCGAGCGCAAGGAGCCCCCGGAGCCCGAGCCGCCCCGCCGCUUCUUCGCGCUGGGCAACGGGCUGGGCGAGGGCCCGUCCGCGCACCCACUCGGCUUCCACUUCCCCGCGCACCCCAAGUCCUGGCUGCACCCCGACGGCUUCCCCCUGCUGACCCUCCCGGACCUGGGUGGGCGCCCUCUGCCUGGCCCCCGGGUCGGCGCGCCCUUCGGCGGCGGGGGCGGCGCGGGCAUGGCGGGGGGCGGCGGGCUGCGCGCACCGGGGUCGGCCACGGCCGUCGGGGGCCUGCUGGCCGAGCCUGCGCCUGCACCCGGGGCCCCCGUGCUGGCCGACGAAGAGAGCCCGUGGAUCUGCUCCGACUGCGGCAAGACUUUCGGGCGGCGCGCGGCGCUGGCCAAGCACCAGCGCUACCACGCGGGGGAGCGCCCGCACCGCUGCGCCGACUGCGGCAAGAGCUUCGUGUACGGCUCGCACCUGGCGCGCCACCGCCGCACACACACGGGCGAGCGCCCCUUCCCCUGCCCCGAGUGCGGGGCGCGCUUUGCCCGCGGCUCCCACCUGGCGGCGCACGUGCGCGGCCACACCGGCGAGAAGCCCUUCGUGUGCGGGGUGUGCGGGGCGGGCUUCAGCCGGCGCGCGCACCUGACGGCGCACGGGCGAGCGCACACCGGCGAGCGGCCCUACGCGUGUGGCGAGUGCGGGCGGCGCUUCGGCCAGAGCGCGGCGCUCACCCGUCACCAGUGGGCACACGCCGAGGAGAAGCCGCACCGCUGCCCGGACUGCGGCAAGGGCUUCGGCCACAGCUCAGACUUCAAGCGCCACCGGCGCACACACACGGGCGAGAAGCCGUUCCGCUGUACCGACUGCGGCCGCGGCUUCGCGCAGCGCUCCAACCUGGCCAAGCACCGGCGAGGCCACACGGGCGAGCGCCCCUUCCCCUGCCCCGAGUGCGGCAAGCGCUUCUCGCAGCGCUCGGUGCUCGUCACACACCAGCGCACGCACACGGGCGAGCGGCCCUACGCCUGCGCGCACUGCGGCCGCCGCUUCUCGCAGAGCUCGCACCUGCUCACGCACAUGAAGACGCACCGCGGCGUGCAGGGCCCCGCGCCCAAGGCCAAGGCCGCGCCUGUGCCGCCGCCGCCAGCCCCUGUGCCUCCGCGUGCUCCCGACGGCGUGGCCGCACUGCUGGAGUUCGCGGGCGGCACCAGCUUCGGGUCAGAGCCCGCCGCCUUCGCGGGGCCCUCGGGCGCCUUCCCAGGGCACUUGCUGUGAGCGCCCCCUGCACCCCGGGCCUGGCGCUGCUCCUCCCCUCGGCUUCCAGUUCAGGGGGCAGGGGGAGGCAUAAGCGGCUGGCCCCCGCGCCCUAGGGACUCCAGAGGGCGGGUGCAGGGCCCAAGCCUGGGGAGACCCCGGGCAUCUUCUGCUCCAGGGCGGCUGUGGAAGUUAAAGGGCUUCAUGUGCUCCUUCUGCAGAGGGUUGCGGGCGGGAGGGUUGGAGGGUCCCCGGGACAGGGGUAUCGCCCCACUGGCAAAGCACAGCCCGGGAAGGAGGGAAAGCCGGACACCAAAUGCAUGGCCCCGAGCAGGCAGGCGGCGGGGUGGCAGCAUCCCAGGGCGCCCCAAGCCUUAUUCUCCCAGACCUCACGCCCCUCCCGAGCCCAGACUCCAGCCCCGGCUCGGGGGUUAUCCUCAGCCUCUCGAAGGCCUCUGGUACUCUCACCUCGGUGGCCAACAGGCCCCGGGGAGCCCCAGCUUCCACUGCCCAGGCCGCAGAGGCCCGCUCAGCCCUGAAACCGCAGGGCUGCGGUCACCACACACACAGUCAGGGUCCGGUGACCAACCGCGGGACCUUGUCCCUCGCUGCCAUGCCCAACUCAUGGGCCCCAAACUCCAAGACACACAAAGCACCAACUAUGCAAGACCCGGGGGGUUGGAGGGACCCACACUCAUUGACACCCCCGAGGGGUCACAACAGAUGGGACCAGAGAAGAGAUUCAGAAAGAAUCGCAUUCCCUUGUUAGAGCAAGUUCCUCCUGUAGUGUAGACAGGGCCUUGGCAGACAGCCUCAGGCAGGGCUGGGAGGCUCAGUGGUCUGAGGCAGGUGUUAGGGUAACCCUGUGAGAAGGAGACAGCGGGAGUGAGUAUCUGGUGAUUCCUCUGUUCCCAGUGCUGAACUCUCCUGAGACACAGGAGAGGGUCCAGGGUCUGGCUCCAUCAUCAGGGCCCCCCCACACCCGGUCCACCUUUGGGUGCUUAUCAUGGGCCCAGCUUUAAUAUGCGGGGCAGAGACGUGCAGCCGCUGUCCCUUGGGCCCAGCCCGAAACACUUCUGAGUGGUUUCCCUCCAGGAAACUAAGCCAGUGAGGACUCCACCUGAAUGAGCUUGGGCCCCUGCUGCCUGUGUUCACCACCUCUUACAGGGAGUCCCCAGUGGGACCCCUACACUGCCAGGUACUCCUUAGUGACACACUGAUCUCAGGACAGCCUCCCUGUGGUCCCCGCCAGGGGCCAGCCUCUCCCUGGAGGUCCAGAUCCGUGCCUGAGUCACUGACCUUCCCUCCAAGGUCCCUCCCCACAACCACAGGGGAGCACUGAGCCAGGCCCCCCCAUUCCUAUCUUCCAAACAGUCCAUCCACCACACCAGAUCCCACCCCUCCUUAUACCUUGGGUGUGAAAAAAAAUGAACUAUGAUACCAAGUAAAUGCUCUUUGCAAAUGCAGCUUGGAAGUGUGAGGUCUGAACUUGCCAUUUCAGUUCUAACAAAAUGAAGAAAACGUUCUGAGUGGCAGGUGCGUGUGAAGACCUGGUCUGGGAACCGUGACCUGGAGGAGCUCGGGAAGCUGGAGUGGGCCCGGGUAGAGCUUACAGUGUCCAGCCAAAUAAAAACUUUUUUCCUAAAUGUUACUUUAAUUUUAUUAAUAUUAGGGAGUCAGAAACUCAGUCGUGAUGGUCUUAGAGAAAAAAAAAAAAAGUAGGCAGCCUUCCUUGUUCUGAGAAGAUUCUGGGUUUUAGGAUUCCUUCUACACAGGUCAGUGUGGCUUCUCUCCUCUUGGCCAGGGAGGGGUGGUGGUCUUCAAGAGGUGACCUCUGGAAGGUGGCGCCUGAGUGUCGAAGCCCCAGAACACCUCCGGUCUCCACCUCUGUUGUUAUCUCCCAGCGUCUCUGUUCUCACCCACACAGACCUCAUCCUUUUGCUAAAUCUCUCCAGACAUUCCUUCCUGACACUUCCUUCAAUUGGCCGUGUAUGGAGUAAGUAUUUUCGAGGGGGGGUGUAUUUAUUAAAUAAAGCUUUAUGAUCCUUGUUCA